AUGUCUGCUUCCGACCGUCUCAACACUAUCAAGGGCCACUUGUCUGGUAACUAUCCUCAAGGUCUUUUGGCUGGCGACGUUGCUAUCAUUACCGGCUCUGGUCAAGGUAUUGGUAAGAGCACUGCUGAACUCUUUGCUCGUGAAGGUGCUCUUGUCACUGUCACCGAUCUUGAUGCUGCCAAGUCUGAUCAAGUUGCUGCUGACAUCAACGCUGCUGGUGGUCGCGCCAUCUCUGUUCCCGGCAACGUGAUGGACCCUGCUUUCCCCGAAAAGGUCGUUGAGGAAACCGUCAAGGCUUUCGGCAAGAUCAAUCACAUUGUCAACAAUGCUGGUUACACCCACGAUGGCAUGCUUCACAAGAUCAACGACAAGCAAUGGGAAUCCAUGCUCACUGUUCACCAAACCGCUCCUUUCAAGAUCAUUCGUGCUGCUGCCAAGUACCUCCGUAAGAAGGAUGGUGAAAACAAGUGCAUUGUCAACAUCUCCUCUACUUCUGGUCUUCAUGGUAACGUUGGCCAAGCUAACUAUGCUACUGCCAAGGCUGGUGUUGUUGGUUUGACCAAGACCGUUGCCAAGGAAUGGGGUCUUUUCGGUGUCCGCUGCAACACUGUUGCUUUCGGCUGGGUUGAUACUCGUCUCACUCGUGCUAAGGAAGCUGGUACUGCCAUUGAAAUUGAUGGUCAAAAGGUCGCCCUUGGUGUCCCUACUGCCAACCGUUCCGCUAAGGUUAACCCCUAUGCUGAUAUCCCUCUUGGUCGUGCCGGUAACGCUGAAGAGGUUGCUGGCUCUGUCAUGAUGCUCUGCACUCCCCUUGCCACCUACAUCACUGGUCAUACUCUUGAAGUCACUGGUGGUCGUGGUAUCUAA